AUGCUGAGGCCUCUGCUGAUCCCCUUGACAUAUUUCUGUCUUCAGACCUGGCUGGGAAUCCCUCAGGCAAAAUGUCAGGUGGAGCUGAACAUGAUGGAAGAUGCUUUUGAUGACCAAUAUCUAGGAUGUGCUGAAGAAAUGGCUAAAGAAGCAUCUGGACUGCUACAGCUGGAAAUGUCUCCGUUUAGCCCGCUGUGGGAAAAGGCAACAGAAAAAUGGAACCGUGUGAAAACAACGAUUUCUCCCCCCGACGGCUUUGAGGAUGAGUAUGGAAUAGCCAUAGUAGCCUAUACUGACCACAGGCCAUACAACGGCAGCAUUUUUCCAACUCUAUUUAAUGAUGCAGUGAGUGGGACUAACAGAUCUCGAGCUGCUUACAUGGCCAGUUUCCAGUUCAAAGCCUUUCAUUAUUAUUUGACAAGAGCUUUGCAGCUCUUAUGGAAGGACGCAGGAGGAAAGUGUGGUGCGAUGUAUAAAACGACGGUGUACCGGGGGGUUAAUGAAACUUCUAACUACAAGGGAUCGGGUAAGAUCAGGUUUGGAUUCUUUGCCUCUUCAUCUAUUAAUAGAACAGUGGCUGAAAGUUUUGGCAAGGCCACAUUCUUCACCAUCCACACGUGCUUUGGCGUGAAUAUCCAGGACAUGUCAUAUAAUCGUUCCCAAGAAGAAGUGUUAAUCCCAGCCUAUGAGAUAUUCAGCGUGUUACCAGGACGAGGGAGUAACCACUUUGUCCUCCAGAGCACAAAGCAGAACUGCAGCUAUUUUAACUGCGCGUACCUGGGCGGAAAGAUGACCCAAACAUGUGUUUACAACUCUGCUACCAGAGGCGGCCCGGCCUUCCCCAGUGAGCUGAGCCCUUCACUGUUUGGAGGAUCCGUCAUCCUGAUCCACGUUGCUGCUCUGAAGCUGUUUGCUGGUUUCUAAUUUGUCCUAUUCGUGUUACUCACUUUUUCUCUCUAACACAAAUCAUGGUGAUGGGACUUGCCAGGUCCAAAGCCGUCCUGCUAUGCUGCCAGCGUUCCAAAGGGAAACCAGGAACAUGGAGGGAGUGUCACUGGUACCUGCUUGGGCAAGCUUUGAUUAUACGUUAUCAAUGAAUAGAUCGAAAUGAAAGCUCAUAGUUCUAGUCCAGGUAGGAUUUGUUUUACAAUGGUAGAGCUAUAAAGUGGUGCCUGUUAGAUAACUAAUUACUUGUAUUCCUGUCAUGCUAGCACUUUGUACCGACUUUUGAUGACUUCAGUACAAGACUAAGAAAUGAACUAAGUCAAAGUAUUUUCAUGAAUACAGUAGAUGGUUUAAUCUGUCUCUCGGCCAGGUGAAUCUGUAACAGGACAGUUUGUGGGGUCCCAUGUCUAUAUCUCUCAGUCACUUUCAUAUCAAAUUUGCUCAGAAGAUAACAUUUUUAACUCAUGAAAUCAAAGGUCCAAUUCUGGGCUACUUUACUCACCUGCCUGCCCACUGAAUGUCCUGGGAUUGCAUGGGGUCUAAUUAGUAACAGCAUAGG